AUGCCCAAGUCGAAGCGGAACAAGCUGGUGGCGCUCACAAAAGUGAAGAAGAAGGACAAGUCGUGGAAGGAGGGCCUAAUCAACACCGUCAGAGCCUAUGUGGACGAGUACCCCUCCAUCUACCUGUUCAAAUUCGAGAACUUUAGGAACGAGCAGUUCAAGGAGCUGCGGGAGCAGCACCGCAACACGAGCAGGUUCUGCAUGGGCUCCAACAAGGUGCUGCGCGUGGCGCUGGGCCACGACGCCGCUGACGAGUACCGCACCAACCUGUGCCAGCUGGCCGGCCGCAUCCGCGGCUCUGCGGGCCUCUUCUUCACCAAGCUGCCGCGCGGCGAAGUGGAGGCCAUCUUCGAGGGCUUCGAGGUGGUGGACUAUGCGCGGGCGGGGGCACGCGCCACAGAAGACUUCAGCCUGGAGGCGGGGCCGCUGACGCUGUACGGCGAGCCGCUGGCGCACACGUUGGAGCCCACGCUGCGGCAGCACGGCCUGCCCACCAAGCUGAACAAGGGGGUGGUGGAGCUGGUGGCGGACUUUGCUGUGUGCAAGGAGGGGCAGAAGCUCAAAUCCAACCAGGCCGCGCUGCUGCGCAUGUUUGACAUCAAGCAGGCCUCGUUCAAGAUGCAGCUGCUGGCGGUGUGGGAGGCGGAUGAGGUGGAGACGCUGGCGGAGGAUGAGGAGGGCAGCGAGGGCGGCGGCAGCGAGCUUGACGACGCGGACUUGGAAGGCAUCGAGCUGCGGGAGGUGGAUGUGUGAGGUGGUAUGUCUGUCACGGUCCUGCGCGCCAGCUAUCAACAUCCCUCCAGCCCGUUUACAACUUCAGAGUGAAUCCUUUACAAGUUUGUAGAUUGAAUCCUUAGGCCAACAGCUUUUUGCCCCACCACUACACCUAGCCAGUUAGCCUGUUGCUGUGUUAUUGUGCUCGUCUGCGAUCCCGCUCAACCGUUUGCUGCUCCCUCUGCCGCUGUCACCUCCCUCCUAUGCCGCCGGCAUUGCUUCCUUCUGACGCAUGCUUUACACAUGAUAUGUUGACGCCAGCCAAAGCUGCUGGAUUGCCUGCCUGAUAUUGCAACCACACAGCCC